AUGAUUCGAUACUUGCUGAUACUCGGCUACUGCGGCGGCUUCUUGUGCGCGGAAGCGAACUCGGUCUCGACGACGCUUCAGGCCCCUGCCCCGGCGGCCACCAAGCUACAGGACAGCAUCGGCAGCAGCAGCAGUAGCAACGAUGCCAAAAGCGUCCAGAGAAAGAGGGGAUUAUCGAACGACGGAUGGGUCGGACUGCCGAGCGCCUACGGCCUGGGACAGCCUUGGGAUCAGAGUCCCUGGAAGCCCAUCAAGGGCCCGAGUCUGCAGUUCGAUACCAGCAGCUGGCAAUACGGCAGCGGUGGCCUCGGUGGUAGCCUCGGUGGUGGCCUCGCUGGCUGGCCUUCGAAGGACAUCCCUCGGCAGGUACCCUUGGUGGUGACCAAACACGUACUGGUCGAGAAGCCCGUGACGGUGGAGAAAGUCGUUCACGUGCCCGUCGAGAGGAUCGUGCACAAGGCGGUGCCCGUCGGCAUACCCGUGCCCCAUGCCGUACCGGUGCACAUAUCGCACGCCGUGCCGCUGCCGAUCAGGCACGCCGUACCCGUGCCGUACCACCAGCCGUAUCCGGUGCCGGUGAGGCAGCCGAUACCCUACGCCGUGCCCGUGCCCAUUCCCUAUCCGGUGCAUCAGAACGGCUAUCAUCAUCAGCUUCGUAAUUAUCAGAGUCCCCUGGGCGGCGCGGGCCUCUACGCCCCGUACUUGGCUCAACAUCAUGCGGGAGCCGCCGCUGCUGCGAUCAAACACGCUCUGCCCGGCUACCAUCAACAUCAUCAUCAUCAUCAACUGGGGCUGCAUCACGCUCCGAUUCACGCGGCCAACUUGCACGGCUGGGGUGGUCAUCGGCUGGUGCCGCCCCCGGUCUAUCUGGGCCACGAUUUUAGCGGCGGCCAGCAGCAGCAUCAUCUUCAUUACGGACACCAUCAUCAGCAACAGCUGCUGCUGCCAGCAGCCCUCCACCAUCACCAGCAACAUCAUCACCUCGGCCACCAGCGAACUCUCGCAGCCAUGAGAGCUGGCAUGAUAACAUUCACUUAUAAUCGAUUAAAAGUCUUGUACAAAAAAUAUCAUUGA